AUGUUCAAAAGGCACAAGUCCCUUGCUUCAGAACGCAAGAGAGAAAUAUUUUCCAGAGGAGCUACACGGUCCAUCCUGAAGAAUGACUUGAGAAACUUCCACUGUUUGUCGCAUUUUGUGCUCUCAGCGGGCCCUCUAAAAUCAAUUCCAGUAGUGAAACAUUCAAAAACUACGCACUUUGAGAUUGAAGUACUUGAUGCUCAAACAAGAAAGCAGAUAUGUAUUGUGGAUAAGGUGAUACAAACAUCUACUAUUCAUGAUGUUAAACAAAAAUUCCACAAAGCAUGUCCGAAGUGGUACCCUUCUAGAGUUGGCCUGCAGCUAGAACGAGGUGGGCCCUUUUUGAAGGACUACAUAACCAUUCAAAGCAUUGCAACUUCCUCCAUUGUCACUCUCUAUUUUACAGACCUAGGUCAACAGGUCAGUUGGACUACAGUAUUUUUGGCUGAAUACACAGGACCUUUGCUGAUAUAUCUCCUCUUUUAUUUGAGGAUCCCAUACAUAUAUGACAUGAAAGAGAGCUCUAGAAGAUUGCGCCACCCAGUGGUACAUGUGGCUUGCUUCUGUCAUUGUAUACACUAUAUCCGCUAUCUUUUGGAAACCUUAUUUGUCCAUAAAGUUUCUGCAGGACAUACACCUUUGAAAAAUUUGAUAAAGGGCUGUGCCUUUUAUUGGGGAUUUACUUCUUGGAUUGCCUACUAUAUUAAUCACCCACAGUAUACCCCACCAUCAUUUGGAAACCGGCAAGUCACAAUAUCUGCUAUCAAUUUUUUGAUUUGUGAAGCUGGAAAUCAUUUCAUCAAUGUAAUUUUGUCUCAUCCUAAUCACACAGGAGUUAAUGCCUGUUUUCCAAGUCCAAAUUAUAACCCCUUCACAUGGAUGUUUUUUCUGGUUUCAUGUCCUAACUACACCUAUGAGAUUGGAUCAUGGAUUAGUUUCACUGUCAUGACACAAACACUGCCAGUUGGGAUUUUUACACUUCUGAUGAGUAUCCAGAUGUCUUUGUGGGCACAAAAGAAGCAUAAGAUUUAUUUGAAGAAAUUCAAUUCUUAUAUGCAUAGAAAAUCAGCCAUGAUUCCAUUCAUACUGUAG